AAUGAAGCAAGAUACGAAGUUAGUUUCCCAUGGAAGAAUGAGAGUAUUCCGAAAUCGAACGGAUACGGUAUGUGUUUGAAACGACUCCAUCAACUCAAGUCUCGUCUCGAUAAAGACAAACAAUUACUCGAACAAUACGACAACACAUUUAAGGAUCAAGAGAAAAGCGGUAUCAUAGACUCCGUAGUUGAACCUGGAGAAGCUAGCCAUUAUUUACCUCACCAUGGAGUGAUUCGCCAAGACAAAGAAACAACAAAAGUUAGAGUCGUGUUUGACGGUUCCGCAAAACCUUCAAAAAAUGAUCUGUCGUUGAAUGAUUGUCUCCAAAAGGGUCCAAAUUUAGUUCCGCAUCUAUUUGAUACUGUUGUAAAUUUCAGAGGUUAUCCCAUCGGACUUGUUGCUGAUUUCAAGAAAGCCUUCCAUCAGAUACAAAUUGCUCCUGAUAAUAGGAAGAUGUUGAAGUUUCUCUGGUUUGAAGAUAUUAGUCAAGAUCCCUGGACCCUCAAAGAAUACGAGUUUCGACGUCUGCCAUUAAAUUUUGGUCUAACCCCCAGUCCUGCUAUCUUAUCCAGCACCAUAUCCCAUCAUCUUUCAAGAUACAAGGAAAUUGAACCAAAGAUAGUCUCAUUGUUGCACGAGUCUCUGUACGUUGAUGAUUUCGCCGGUGGAGCUUAUGAUGAUGAUGUAGCCUUACAUAUCUAUCGCACAUCUCACGAUCUAAUGAACAAAGGUUGGUUCAACCUUCGAAAGUGGCAUUCGAAUUCCGCCUCCAUACGAGAUUUCAUCGCAACCCAAGAAGACGCAAAUGGAAGUGUGAAAGACGAAGUAACGAACGCGAAUUUAGAAUCCACUUAUCACAACGUCGGUGUUGACGCAGAAGCACCUAAAGUCGACGCCUCUUUACCAUGUUCAUCAUCGCAAGAUUCUUCAGUAUCGAAAAGCAAUUGCGUUAAGAUUCUCGGGAUUAAUUGGAACGAGGACAUUGAUGAAUUUUGUUAUGACCUCGGCGAAUUAGUUGAAUAUGCGAAAUCCCUUCCCUCAACUAAACGAUCAGUGUUAAAGCUUUCCGCCAAAGUAUUCGACCCCAUCGGUCUUUUCGCUCCAUUUACAGUUACCAUGAAAAUGUUGUUUUAG